GUCAUAUUGUAUGGCCUGGGUCUAGAAACCCAACUACAAUAUAAAAGGCAUGGGCUUUGGAUUCUGCUGAGAUGGGUGUGUAAUUUUUGUAGUGAGCCCCUCAUAUAUCGAGGAUUCCAUUUACCUCUCUUAUCCGGGUACUUUCUUUGGAUGGGUCUCGUCGCAUCCAGGAUACACUCGCAGAUCUCUAUACCUGGCGUUCUAUUCCAUUCAUUGCACAGUAUAGAGAUGCCGGCUAUUGAAAGUUUGGUGUUUAAGAUACUUAGGAUCUUGUGGUUGGAAUCCUCGGGGAGCAUCCAUUGUCAGAAGCCUUCGUCGGUCUUGUUCAGGGUUUAAAGGAAAUCUCCUGACUUUCAGGACCGCAUUUCAAACUUUGCGCACGUACAAUACACGAAGACACGGAUACACUGAAAAAUGAAUGUUAUUGGAUUAUAUAUACGAUCUUUCAUUUAAUCUAAAUCUAGAGAUACUUGACUUCUUAUGCCGUAGCGUUUGGUUGGAUAGAUUGAGGAUAAUAGAAUAGCUCUUUAGGAUCAACAGCUGCUUUGAUG